ACCUCUCAGUCCAGCUGAUCUGUCCUCAGAUAAACAUCAGUUUGUUUAGAAUGGAGUAAAUCUCUCUCUCUCUCUCUCUCUCUCUCUCUCUCUCUCUCUCUCUCUCUCUCUCUCUCUCUCUCUCUCUCUCUCUCUCUCUCUCUCUCUCUCUCUCUCUCUCUCAGAGCAGCAUUAGAUGCCUGGGUGUCAGCGACUCUCUACUGUCAGUUCGUCGUCUUUGUCAGAGAUGGAGAAUGGAGGUGAGGACACGGAGUCUCUGUGGGAGUCAGUGGAGAGUAACCGCUACAUCUUAAGUCGCUACAUCUCGCCUGGUAAACUGACUCCCUACCUGCGCCAAUGUAAGGUUCUAGAUGAACAGGACGAAGAUGAGGUCUUAAACUCACUACUACUGGUCUCUAAGGUCAACCGCACAGGUCGUCUGUUAGACAUUCUUCAUGGUAAAGGAGAGCGAGGUUAUGUGGUUUUUCUGGAGAGUCUUGAGUUCUAUUAUCCUGACCUUUACAAGCUGGUGACUGGCAAGGAGCCCACCAGACGCUUCUCCACUAUCGUUGUGGAGGAGGGUCAUGAAGGGUUAACCCAGUUCCUGAUGAAUGAAGUCAUCAAGCUACAGCAGCAGGCCAAAGCUAAAGAUGUCCAGAGAGUUGACCUCAUUGGGAAACAGCGCACCCUGGAGGAUGAACAGAAAAAACUACGCCUGACCAACCAGGAACUAUCAGCCUUCCAGCAGAGAUACAACAAGAUGAAGGAAGAUAGGAACAACUACAAUGAUGAGCUACUGAGGGUGAAGGAUGAGAACUACAAACUGGCCAUGCGGUAUGCAACGCUCAGCGAGGAGAAGAACAUGGCUGUGAUGAGGAGCAGGGACCUGCAGCUGGAGAUCGACCAGCUGAAACACAGACUAAACAAGCUAGAGGAGGAAUGUAAGAUGGAGAGAAAACAGAGUCUGAAACUGAAGAACGACAUUGAGAACCGACCGAGAAAAGAACAGAUCUUCGAACUGGAGAGAGAGAACGAGGUUCUGAAGAUCAAACUGCAGGAGCUGCAAUCUAUCAUACAGCCAGGGCCUCUGCCUGCAUCUGACAAGGCGAUCCUGGACAUUCUGGAACACGACCGCCAGGAGGCGUUAGAAGACAGACAAGACCUGGUCAACAGACUGUACAACCUGCAUGAGGAGAUACGGCAGGCGGAGGAGCUACGAGACAAGUACCUUGAGGAGAAAGAGGAUCUGGAGCUCAGGAGCUCUACACUACAGAAGGACUGUGAGAUGUACAGAAACAGGAUGAACACCAUCAUUAUACAGCUGGAGGAGGUGGAGAAGGAGAGAGACCAGGCGUUCCGAGCCAGAGAUGAAGCCCAGCACCAAUUCUCCCAGGGUCUGGUUGAUAAAGACAAGUACAGGAAACAGAUCAGAGAGUUGGAGGAGAGGAGUGAUGAGCUGCACAUAGUGAUUGUUCAUAAAGAUGCUAAGAUCGUCACUUUGGAGUCCAGACUGAGACGCCUAUCGAAAGAUACUGCUAUGGACCAGAGUUUGCCCAGAGACAUCCCCCCAACUGUCAUCGCUCAGGUGAUGGGGGAGGAGCCUAAAUCUCUUGGCCAAUCAGAGGGCUCCAGUGACGAGUCGCCAGAGGAGAAGUUCUUCCUACCAGAACCCCGCCUCAAGAGACGACCCAACCUGAAAGCAGUGAUUACCAGAGUGAAGUCUCCAGUCUCCACCCCCAAAACUCUGGACCCGCCAAUCAACACAGAGGACAUUCUCCGUGCAGCUGGUGGUGGAGCGUCUCCAGAUGUGAUGAUGUCAGAGAGUAACCUAACCCUGACCCUGAGCAGCACAUGUCCCCCCUCCCCUUCCCACUCCCCUUCCCCAUCCGCCCCAACACAGAGCUGCCCAGCAAGACUACCAUGGCCUUUCCGUCCGUCUCUCUCCUCCUUCUCGAGGGUCAGCUCUUCUCUGCGGCCAGUCCAGGAGCUUUCAUUGCUAGGCGACCAACUUUUGGCUGAUGUCACGCUGGUUGGUGGUAACGACAGUGGAAUCUUUGUGUCGUCUGUCCAAUCAGAGUCCGGUGCUGAGAAGGCGGGGCUACGGGAGGGCCACCACCUCCUUUUGCUGGAGGGCUGUAUCCGCGGGGAGAACCAGAGCAUCUCGUUGGACACCUGCACCCAGGAGGAAGCCCAUUGGACGAUGCAACGUUGCUCUGGACCAAUCCAACUGCACUACCGUGCCAACUAUGAUGGGUACCGGAGGCUGCAGAGGGAUCUAUCGGAGGGAACGGUGACGUCAGGAGACUCAUUCUACAUCAGAAUCAACCUCAACAUCUCUGGCCAAUCAGACACCUGCUCCCUGAGCGUGCUUUGUGAUGAGGUGGUCCAUGUCCUGGACACGAUGCACCAGGGGAAGUGGGAGUGGCUUUGCUCCCGGGUCGAAGCCUACUCUGGAACCGACCUAUCGGAAAAAGGCACCAUCCCCUCUUACUCACGGGCCCAGCAGCUUCUCCUGGUAAAGAUGCAGAAGCUGGUGUGUCGAGGAGGAAGAGAGGAGAAUGACAGCCUGCGCAACUUCAAGAACAGCUUACAGCCUGAAGAGUCCAGCCUGUCCUCAGACCCCAAAUCCAGCCCUCGCAUGUCCAGAGCUAGCGUCUUCAUCACACAGAUACUACAGUUUGUCAGCAGGGUGGAUAAUAAGUAUAAGCGUAUGAACAGCAGUGAGCGUGUUCGCAUUGUGAGCUCAGGAAACCCAACGCUGCCCAGACCAGGCUUCGAAACCCUGAGACAGGAUGGAAACCCAACGCUGCCCAGACCAGGCUUCGAAACCCUGAGACAGGAUGACUGUGCAGACCCAUACAGUGAUGUGAGUAGGAGUGUGAACCUGGUUCCGUACAGCCUGGUCUCCCCUCAGCGGGUCCAGAGGAAGAGGCCGGUUCUGAUCAGUCCAAACAGUCUGGCCCGGACCAUUAUUCAGAAGAUACUCAACAUGGGUGGAGCCAUGGACUUCAACAUCUGCAAACCAGAUGUCCUAACUAAAGAAGAGUUCUUAAUGAGACAGAGGAUUGAACCCAUCAUCUCCUCCAGAGAGAAGAACACCAACACCUACGAGGUUGUCUCUCCUGAGAACAUAGAGGCUGUUGCUGCAAAGGGUAAACACUGUUUGAUGGAGGCUGACGUGAGCUGUGUUAAAGACCUUUUGAGGAGAGAGAUCUACCCAAUCAUCAUCCACAUCAAGAUCUGUGACAAGAACAUCAGGAAGCUAAGGAAGCUGCCCCUUCGUGUGGACAGUGAGGAGGAGUUUGUCAGAGUGUGUCGGAGCAGAGAGAGAGAGCUGGAGAGUGUUCCGUGUCUCUAUGCGUGUCUGGAGCCUGAGGAAUGGGCUGGGCCUGAUGACCUCAUCAGAGUGGUGAAAGACAGAAUCCAGGAGGAACAGAGGAAGACUGUCUGGGUGGAGCAAGACCUGCUGUAACACACACAGAUUAAUGCAUGCACACACCUCACACACACACAAGGUGUGCAAGAUGGCGACGCUGGGUUAGAUGCCACAAAAUAGUUGGGAGUCCCCGGUAGGGGCUGCACACAAUUGGCCCAGCGUCGUCUUGGUUUGGCUGGGGUACGCCGUCAUUGUAAAUAGCAAUUUGUUCUUAACUGACUUGCCUAAUUAAGUAAAGGUUAAAUAAAAUACAAAAUUGUUGAGAGGUAAACCUGUAGUCAGCAUUUCAUUAUUAUGUCACAUUGGGUGAACCUGUGGUCAGUGCUCAGGUCUGUUCGACGCUGGUCCGACCAAUCUGAUUCCACGCUUCAAGAUCGCUUCGAUCACGUGGACUGGGAUAUGUUCCGGAUAGCCUCAGAUAAUAACAUUGAUGUAUACGCUGACUC